ACUUGGUCGAUUUAACUCACUUCUCACUUGUUAUGACGUUUAGCUCUCUCACCCGGAUGGAUCAUCUACAACAAAUUGCCGUCAAAAGAAUUGAGCGUAAGUUGGCCGAUAUUGCGAUGCAGUGUGGUUAUUGUUAAAUUUACCAUCGGAGAACGUUUAUUAGAACGCGGCGGCUAUUGGAAACUGGUAAUCAAUCAUUCCUUUUUACCAGCAUGGUGAAUUACACAUCCGCUCCACGACAUAUUCAAUACUACGAUAUUCACGAUAUUAACGAUGAUGAUCGCUAUCCGCGGAAAACAAGAAAACAACAGCUGCACCGGUGGGACAAGUUGCACAGUAUGAAAUGGGUACCUUCCCGUGAAAACCAUAGUAUACCGCCGAGUGCCGUAGAAUGUGGCACCAGCAAGCGAAAGAAACUUUAUUUAGGACGUGCCGAACACGCCGGUUCCAUUACGCCCGGUUUCAUCGAUCCGGCCAAAAAGGUGUGCUUUAUUCCGUGGGGUGGUGUGGCCCAUGAGAAAAAGGUGUACGAAAUAUUGUGCACACCGGGCGAGUUUGUGCCGUGUACCGAUACGAACAUACUGCUGCGAGCCACACCGGCCGGUGUAUCCGAACAGGGCGAACCAUUGUACAUUGGCAGGGUAAAGAUGGACGGGAAAUUGGUCUGUGGCAAGGUGCAACGUUCGCAUGAAGUUUGUUACAUACCUUUGAACAAAAAAGAGAAAAAUAAUGUAAACUUUGAAGUGUUUAUAAAAUCUUCAAACGCAGCACCAUAAUACUCAUCCAUAAAUGGGCGCGCUGAUGCUUACUAAUUAGGGGAGCGAUACUUAAAUGGCUGUGCGAAACAUGACUAGCGAGAUCGGUUUCAUUUAUAUCAAUGUUGAUGUGAGACAUGUUAAUUAAGACACAAAAAGGGGAAUAAAGGAGAUCCAUUUUAAAGUAA